AUGCAGUUAGGGACAGGGGCUUCGGUGGUUCGCGGGGCCAGGAGCGCCACACAACUUGCCCGGUCACGGCCGCCGACAUGCGCGCAAUGCCUUAGGACAGCAUCUGUUAGAGCCCGGAUACCGCAGUCGAGGGUGUUCUUUCACUCUGGCCGACCCAACCCGUCGGCAUGGGCUGCUGCCGUCUCGGUUGCCGGCAACAUCGUCUCCAAUGCCGUCACACGCGCGACCAAGGGCGACCUCCCCACCAUAGAUCCCCUCCGGAUCGUGGCGAAGGAGAUGAAGUUUCUGACAGGGAACAUCAGGAAGCUACUCGGCUCCGGUCAUCCUUCGCUCGACCGCGCCGCCAAGUACUACACCCAAGCCGAGGGAAAGCAUGUCCGGCCGCUCAUAGUCCUUCUGAUGUCGCGGGCAACAUCACUCUGCCCAAAGGCACCACAGCGCCAACAAGCGACAGCCCAGGUCUCCGCGGCCAUCGACACCUCCAUUUCCCCCCCGUCCAUUCUUUCCGAUUUUAACCCGUCUGCCGGCACCGAGAGCGAGCCGGUUCUCGCCGAUGCCGGUAUCCUCCCCUCGCAGCGGAGGCUGGCCGAGAUCACGGAGCUGAUCCACACUGCCUCGCUUCUACACGACGAUGUAAUCGACCAUUCCGUGUCGCGCCGCGGGUCACCGUCCGCCAACCUCGAGUUCGGUAACAAGAUGGCGGUGCUGGCGGGCGACUUCCUCCUCGGCAGGGCAUCUGUCGCGCUUGCGCGCCUGCGUCACGCCGAGGUAAUCGAACUGCUGGCCACCGUCAUCGCCAACCUCGUCGAGGGCGAGUUCAUGCAGCUCAAGAACACGGCACGGGACGAGACCAACCCGCAGUGGUCCGAGGACGCCCUCACCUACUACCUGCAAAAGACAUACCUCAAGACGGCGUCCCUGAUCAGCAAAAGCUGCCGCGCGGCGGCCCUUUUGGGUGGCGCGGACGCGCAGACGGUGGACGCCGCGUACAGCUACGGCAGGAAUCUUGGUCUGGCAUUCCAGCUCGUCGAUGACUUACUCGACUACACUCGUAGCGAGAAGGAGUUGGGUAAGCCUGCGGGCGCCGACUUGGAGCUUGGGUUAGCGACCGCUCCGCUAUUAUUUGCUUGGAAGACUAUGCCGGAGCUCGGGGCUCUGGUAGGGCGGAAAUUUGCGAAUGACGGCGACGUUGCCCGGGCACGAGACUUGGUGAUGCAAAGCGACGGUAUUCAGCAAACGCGUACACUUGCUGAAGAUUACGCCGAGAAGGCGAUUGCUUCUCUCAGCUUGUUCCCAGAUAGCGAGGCCAAGGAUGGCCUCGUUGAGAUGGCUGUCAAGACCCUGCAGCGGAAGAAGUAA